AUUCAUUUUCUGAAAUUCUGAGGGAGAGUACUAUUAUUAAGUACUAACAAUGUCCAUGUACCCAGCAGUAGAUGAAGCAGAGACAUAUGCAAUUCAAGGCCAUAAUCCUGGUGGUUAUGUCAUACCAGCGCCGGCAGUUCCAAACUAUGGUACAUCACAUCCUUAUGCUGCUCCAUACCUCACCGGCGGCAUCAGAGGACCUCUCCGGUUGCAGCGUUGGUCCACCGGUCUCUGCCGUUGUUUUGAUGAUCCUGCAAACUGUGUGGUCACUUGCUUCUGCCCUUGUAUUACUUUUGGACAAAUAGCAGAGAUAGUAAGUAAAGGAACUUCAACAUGCACAUGUGAGGGAGCUAUUUAUGGGGCACUGGCUCUUAUUGGGUUUCCAUGCUUGUAUUCAUGCUUUUACCGCUCAAAGAUGAGGGCACAAUAUGAGUUGCCAGAGGCACCUUGUAUGGACUGCUUAGUUCAUUUCUGUUGUGAACCUUGUGCUCUCUGUCAAGAAUAUAGAGAGCUAAAAAACCGUGGAAUUGACUUGAGCAUAGGAGCCGCUGUGCCUAGUACUGAAAUCGACGUCCAAUACACACAUGACGGGAGCUCCUUGGCAGCGUUACUGCACUGCACCACCUGACGCCAACCUUGAACGGACGUCCGCCAGUGUCCAUCCCUGCUCCUGGUGCAUAGAACGAGCAGCGCUAUAACUGUUAUUUGCCGCCGAUUGCAAGGUAAUGCAUCUUGUGUCCGAUGUCAUUUUCUCAAUUUUUUGAAAAUUUUUUCCAUCUCGAACAUGUAAUUAAUGAUCGAAUUUUUUUAAUGAUAAACGGAUGUUUGUGUUUGUAAAGAUUCGGAUGUUUUUUGUAAGGUGAAAACUUAGGUACUUCAGGUGAAGUUGAUAAACGACUCAUCAAUUAUCAACUUCACGUGAAGUCGACUUCCCCUGGAUUUUCGCCUUUUUUUUUAAUAUACUACUCCCUUUUGAGGAUGUUUCUUUUUGUGGAGAUUUGGAUUUUUUUAUUAGACUUGGAUAUUUCGUCUGUAAAACUUAGAAUGAUUCUGCUGUUAAGCUGUGAUGUUUCAUUUGUUAAAUUUUGGAUUUUUUUUUUAUCUUAAAUUUAAGAUAUUUUGAUGCAUGUUGGCUUCGCACGGUGCAUAAAGGAGUUGCGGUGGAAGGUACAAUGACAGUGCGACCCGGUUAAAGAUAAGGUACCGACGAUGCGAUGAGUGGAUGAGAUGGGACUUCAAGUUAACUAUGCGGUUACAAAUUUAAAAUCCCCUUUUUUUUAAAAAAAAAGUUGUUUAAGUUAGCUAGUAUUCUAAUUGAUUACUAGUGUGAUUGUUCACGUAAUUCUGAUAACAAAAAAUAUUGAAAACUUUGAAAACGAAAACUAAACUGGCCCUGGAGUCUCAUUUUGACAUUUUGUGGUUACAUGCUCUGAUCAUUGAAGCUUAUAUCACUUUUUUACUUUUUGACAAUGAAUUGGGCAUAGGGUGGGAAGCCAAUGCUGCAAGGCAAGGAAUUAUAGUACCUCCAUCAGUUUCACCAACCAUGACAAGAUGAAAUUGAAAAAUGAAAUCUAUUAGGAUCGGAGUUUUAUUUUAAUAUUUUUAGCUACCACCAUUGAGCACGCAUAUAGUUGAUGGUGUUUUCAACUGCUGGCUCUAUAUACACUAAAUACUUUUGCAGCUUGGUUAGUUUGAGCGUUUUGGACUUUUGGUUAUCAAAAUUCAAUAGCAAA